UAUUCUUUCAUUAAUUCGAAAUACAAAUUGAAAUUUAUUGUCAUUUUCUACGAAUCAUUUGAUUUUUUUACAUUUUGAAUUUAAUCGAUAUUCAUAACCAAUAAUCAUCAUUAACAACAUCAUGGGUGACGAAGGAAAUCAGACAGCACCGGUUACCGUUGAAGAACCACUCGAUCUAAUUCGUUUAAGUCUUGAUGAACGAAUCUAUGUUAAAUUACGUAAUGAACGUGAACUUCGUGGUCGUCUUCAUGCUUAUGAUCAACAUUUGAAUAUGGUAUUAAGUGAUGUUGAAGAAGUGAAUAAAACAAUCGAAGUAAAUGAAGAAACAUUUGAAGAAUUCAUCAAUACAAAUAAACGUAACAUUCCAAUGUUGUUUGUACGUGGUGAUAGUGUCAUUCUUAUUUCGCCACCAGUUCGAAAUGCAAAUUAAUUCGAUUUUUUUCUUUCAUGUGUUUUUUUGUGUGUUGAUUUCAUAAACAUUUUUGUCCGAUCAUUUCACUAAUCAUUUCAAUAAACUUUUGAUCAUUUUUUCUCAAUAAUU